CUUUUCUUAAAUUGAUAUAUUCCUUUUAACAGGAUGAGCUAGAUGACGUCACACAGGUUAAGAACACGCUCCAUCAGGCCAUGGAAAAACACUAUUAUCUAAAGUUGUCGGCCCAGUGGGAAGCACACAUUGUGAGAAUGGCUCAUUUCAAAUGCAUUUACUGCUGUGUUGCAGGAGCAUGCCCUAGUGUAGUGACGAGGACCCUAAAACUAGAGAAAAGUCAGUCAGGAAAGAUGAGGAGAGAGCAAUGGACUGUAUCCUUCACCCAUUGUGGGGGUUGUCUUUCUGUUGCCUCUCCAGCGCACCUGUUCCCACUUCCAUUUAUUCCAUAGCAGGUGACAUGGAGACACAAUCAGAGGUGCAGUACUAUUUGUUUGAGCACCAGAGCUGAGAGGAAGAAGAAGUAAUUUGACAGCUUUGAGCAUUUGGUGUGUCUCUGUACACUAAGAGUACAUCAGCUCGUGACCCCCUGAGUCCCCUUUGUGUCGCCUUGUGGGACCUUUUGCGGUGUUAUCCGCAGCGGACUUCCUAACAGAAAGGACAACCAUCAGGAUGGUAGAUUCCAGCACACUUCUGACUUCGGCACUUCAGGCUCUUACGUUUCUCUUCUUUCUGCUUAUCGUUGCGUUUCUUGCAUACUGCUUGUACGUAAAACACAUUCAUAUGAAAUAUGACCACAUACCCGGCCCACCGAGGGACAGUUUUCUCCUCGGACAUUCACCAACGUUUUCAAGGAUAUUAAAAAAUGGCGGAAAUGUACAUGUAAAAUUCCUAGAGUGGGCAGAGGAGUAUGGGCCUGUGUGGAGGAUAAAUGCUCUUCAUUAUGUCCUAGUGUCUGUGUCAUAUCCAGAAGCAACAAAGGUAAUAUUGAUGUCCUCAAAGUACUCCAAGGAUGCAUUUUCUUACAAGAGACUUGCCAACCUGUUUGGUCAGAGGCUCUUAGGCAAUGGGCUGGUAACAGCACGGGAUCAUGAGCAGUGGUACAAACAGCGCCGGAUCAUGGACCCCGCGUUCAGCAGCCUGUAUCUGAGAGGUCUGAUGGGAACCUUCAAUGAGAGGGCAGAGAAACUGAUGGAUAAACUUGCAGAUGUUGCUGACAAUAAAACAGAAGCUAAUAUGCUCCAUCUUGUCAACUGUGUCACUCUGGAUGUUAUUGCUAAGGUAUUAUAUUACACGAAGAAAGAAGUGGACGAUGUUAUUGGGCUGAAACAUGAAAUAAGCUACGAUGACCUGGGCAAGUUGGUCUACCUGUCACAGGUGUUAAAAGAGACUCUGAGAUUGUACCCCACAGCUCCGGGCACAUCUCGUCAUAUUGCUGAAGACAUGGUCAUUGAUGGGAUCCACAUACCUGGAGGAUUUAUUGCUCUUUUCAGCUCCUAUGUGAGCGGGAGACUGGAGAAAUUCUUCAAGGAUCCACUGAGAUUUGAUCCAGACAGAUUUCACCCAGAUGCUCCCAAGCCUUAUUACUGCUACUACCCUUUUUCCCUCGGUCCUCGUGCGUGCCUGGGAAAGAACUUUGCUCAGAUGGAGGCUAAAGUGGUGAUGGCCAAACUGCUCCAGAGAUUUGACUUCACUCUCGUCCCGGGACAGACCUUUGACAUCCUGGAUGCUGGCACACUCAGACCAAAGAGUGGAGUGUUGUGCACUCUGAGUCACAGGGAUUACAAAAAAUAAGGCAACAUCACACAAGUGGUAGUGGACCAUAGAAGAAAAAUGGGAUACUCUUUACUAAUGUAAACAAAAAAAAAAUCUAAAAGCAUUAAUGUGAUUGUAAUUUGA